AUCUCUGGUCGCGGCAAACAAGGAGGCAAGGCUCGAGCUAAGGCCAAGACCCGAUCAUCCCAGGCUGGUCUGCAGUUCCCAGUCGGUCGUGUUCAUCGGCUGCUCCGGAAGGGCAACUAUGCUGAGCGGAUCGGGGUCGGAGCUCCCGUCUAUCUGAUCCUCAAGCUGGCCCGCAACGCCGCCCAAGACAACAAGAAGACCCUCAUCAUCCCCCGACACCUGCAGCUGGCUGUCCGCAAUGACAAGGAGCUCAACAAGCUGCUGGGUGGUGUCACCAUUGCCCAGGGAGGAGUCCUGCCCAACAUCCGGGCCGUGCUGCUGCCCAAAAAGACCGAGAGCCAAGAGCAAGUAAUCCCAUCACAUUCCCUUCUUCCUUGA